AUGCCCAGCAGCUGCCUUUGUUUCUGCAAGGCGAGCGCCCUCAAAGGAAACCCUGGCUGGCUUUUUUGGUUGGCUUCUGGCUGGCUUGGCUUGGCUCCUGGCUGGCUUUCUGGCUGGUUUGGUUUGGCUUCUGGCUGGCUUUCUGGCUGGUUUGGUUUGGCUCCUGGCUGGCUUUCUGGCUGGUUUGGUUUGGCUCCUGGCUGGUUUGGUUUGGCUCCUGGCUGGCUUUCUGGCUGGUUUGGUUUGGCUUGGCUGGCUUUCUGGCUGGUUUGGUUUGGCUCCUGGCUGGCUUUCUGGCUGGUUUGGCUUGGCUUCGAUGGCGCGAAGAAGUUCCAGGACGGCGGCCUGCCGGCGCUGGACGAAGAGUUCUGCCGGCUGAGCCCCGAGGCCUUGGCGGAGAACCUGCCGAACUACGAGGACAGGCGCGCGCUGCUGGCCAGGGACCCGCUGGCUUGCGCGGAGGGCUUCAGGACGCUGGUGCUCCUGACGCUGCGCCACCUCUUGGGGGUCAGGUUCUGCCCGCGCUGCCCGAACUGCGCGACUUCGGGGCAGCCUUGCAGCGACGCGUUCGGGAGCAACGCCGUGGCCGGCGGCGGCGUGCUGGGCAGAGUUGACGCGGUGUUUGGCUCCAUCGAGUGUCAAAAGAGCGGAGCCCUCCACGCCCGCAUGCAAGUGUUCGUCCAGUAUGCUUCCUACACUGCCCAUGUCCGGCGCUCCGUCUACUGCGACCCGGACGGCUGGGAGCGCGAUCGGGCCGCCGCGGAGGAGGAGUGGCCGGAGUACAAAGACUGCGCCUUGAUGUUGAGCCGGCCGGCCUACCAGGCGAGCCGCCGGCUGCGGCCCGAGGAGUGGACGCGGCGAUACUUGGCGGAGGACGUGGAGCAGCUGCAGCAGCGCAAGCAACAUCAUGUGCAUCUUUCUGCCGGCCCAGGCGGCGAGCGGCGGCCCCUGGCCCACUGCCGCGACCCCAAGGAUCCGACGAGGUGCAAGAGCGGUUUCCCCCGCAACAGCCAGUUGAUUCUGGGCCGAACGGCUCUGGUCUGCCGCGGCUUGGCCGAGCAGCUGGACCUGCCCGUCAAGGGCAAGCGGAGUUCUUUGGGCCUGCAGUGGGGCCCGGUCAACGACCCGAACCUCAACGGCAACCGCCCGGCGCUGCUGGCGGCGCUGCGCUGCAACGGCGACCUCCAAGCGCCUUAUCGGUUCCCCGUGACGAAGGAGACCCACGACGACGCGCUCUGCCAGGAGGAGACCUGCGUCGGCGACGGCGACGUCAAGCUGCUCGUCCGAGAAGCGCAGAGGACCCAGGCCGGGCGGGAAGUGGCCGCGGUUUUGCCCGGCUCUGUUUGCUCUCGCGUCGCGCAGGCCGCCCAAGCUGGCUACGGCUGCGACUACAUGAACAAGCGGCUGCCCAUCGCCGUGCAAGAGCUCAAGGAGUGGCAGCGCGGCCAUCGGGAGCUCGGCGAAGACUUGAAGGACAAGCCCGCCGGCUACAUCGGGGCGAGGGUGGCCAAGCGGCUGACCACGGACUGCUACGCCCGCGGCGUCUGCCGCGGCGCGGUGGAGUGCGCCAAUUUGACCACGCGCCAGGCGGGCAACGACCCCACGGCGGCCGAGUCUCUCAAGACGGCGCCCGUCCGCCUCCAACUCCUGGAGGCGGCGGCCGCCGGCGAAGCUUGGCCGGCUGAGCCGCGACAGCUGCGGACAGACGCACGGCCGGCGGCUCAGCGAGGGCGCGUGGUCUCCUGCCCGUUCUGGACCUUCUACGGGUUCGCGCGCCACUUCCUCUUCAAGCUGGCCAAGCGGCCCUUUGCGCUGGAGCAGCUGAGCGAGCGGCGCGACAAAGGUUUUCACGCCUCGCUGACGCGGGCUGGG